GAUUGGCGGAUCCGCGCUUUGCCAUUACGUUAUGCUCUUUUCUACACAUACACAAGGAUGAUAGAAAGAGAAGACGUAAUGGAGUGCUCCUGAGCGUCCUUGCGAUGAAAACCACUUUAGUAUUCGACAGCAUUCGAGGAAGGGAGUUGCAAUGAAGGCGGGGGCCUCCUCCAUGUGGGCGUCAUGUUGCGGGCUGCUGAACGAGGUGAUGGGCACAGGGGCGGUCCGCACCCAGCAGCCGGGCUUUGGAGCCGGGGCCGGGCCGUUCCGCUUCGCCCCCAGCGCUGGUUACUCCACCUACCCGCCCAGCAGCACCACCUCAGGAAGCGCAGGCCUGGCGUGCAAAGCCUGCGGACUGGCCUUCUCCGUGUUCAGACGAAAGCACGUUUGCUCAGACUGCAAGAAGAGCUUCUGCUCGCUGUGCUCCGUGCUGCAGGAGAACCUGCGGCGCUGCUCCACCUGUCACCUGCUGUGGGGCACGGCCUUCCAGCGGCCCAGGCUAAUGCGUCUCCGCGUCAAAGACCUGCGCCAGUACCUCACGCUGAGGAACAUCAACACGGACACCUGCAGGGAGAAAGAGGACCUGGUGGACCUGGUGCUUUGCCAUCUGGGCGCCGAGCUAGAGAUGGGGGAGGAUGAGGAGGAGGAGGAGGAGGACGAGGAAGAGGAGGCGGAAGCGGAUACGGACAGUCUGCCCUCGCUUCCGCGCUCGCUCUCCACGCCGCCCGCCUCCGCGGCGCGGUCCUCUUCCCAGCAGUCGGCGCUGUCUGUCGCCGCGUCUCAGGGAGAGGCUCUCAGUCGCAGCGAUAGCUCAGGGACAACCAAUCAGGACCAUGGAGAUGCUACAUCGGUUUCCCUCCUCAACCUGGAGCCUCACGACGACAUACUGGAGGCCAGCCCGGCGACGCAGCGGCGAGCACGUGCCUCCCUCUCGGAUCUGUCCCACGAGGACGACAUUGAGAGCCUGACGGUGCGGCAGCUGAAGGAGAUUCUCGCUCGCAACUUUGUCAACUAUUCAGGCUGCUGUGAGAAGUGGGAGCUGGUGGAGCGCGUCCAUCGUCUCUACAGAGAGAACGAACUCAACAGAAGAUCGAUGGAAAAUGUUAGCAACAACCUAGCUGCAGUCAUAGCUUACCCUCCUCCUAUAUGCAACGGAGGUAUUGGAGAUGGUGUGCAAGUAGCUCAGCUGGGCGGCGUUGAUGAGAACCUGUGCCGUAUCUGCAUGGAUGCCGUGAUAGACUGCGUUCUCCUGGAGUGCGGUCACAUGGUCACCUGCACCAAGUGCGGCAAGAGGAUGAGCGAGUGCCCCAUCUGCAGGCAGUACGUGGUGCGGGCGGUGCACGUCUUCAAGUCUUAACGGGUGAGCUUCACCCUUUACCAGAAAACCGACACACCAGAUGCUUCCUGCUGGACCGAGCAGGCCGGGUGCCGCGACUGGACUGAUGAACUGCCCCUUCAGAUUCAAAGUGGUGGAAACCUGUACUGCGCACACUUUCUUUACAGAACGAGCAUUUCCUGCUGCCAAUUUUUUUGGGAAGGGGGGGGGGGUCAUUCGUCGACACUUUGAAAUCAUUUCUGCGGUUACUAACCCAGGGAAGACGGAAGAUUUAGACGUGAAAGUUUUAAGUGGUUUACGGUACGUUCCUGUAAACUUUUUGGAAAUGUCUUAUUGUAUGUGCAAUAUUAGAAAUCUUUACGUGUGCGUGUAGAGAAACCGAUUGCCAUUAAGAUGCAUGUCGUCGUAGCAGCAGUUAAGACCACUGGCGCGAAAGGGGGAACAUACUGUAGGUGCCAAAGUAGGAACGGCUUCUGGAUUAUGUUUUUACGUGCUAUAUUAUUAAUAAGCGUGUUAUUUUCAUGUAUUAAAUUGGCUGUUGCCAUACCACAAAUCAGCAUCCAUGACACCGGAUCAAAUGACCAGCUAGCAGAAGAGUUAUCUAUAGCAAGAUUAUAGAAACUGUGUUGUAUUUUUUACAGUUAAAAGAAUCCAGCAUCUGCCGCUAUGUAGCUUAUUACUGGAACCUCAUUUAUUUAUGUAUUUAUUUAUUAGCCAAUUUUGCAGUAUCCGUCGAACAUCAGGCGUAUGGUUGGGUUGUCUCCAUUGUGCUGCAUAUACAAGAUACUUAAAGGUGUGCUAAGUAGUUUUUGAUUUAUUAAAAGCGUCACGUUGGGCGGAUACCAAGGUAAAGGAAGUCAGGCUGGUCAUGUGAUCUCAACGGCAUAAGGAAGGUUCACCACGACAGAUCAAAAACCUGUACGCUCACCUGCGUGUACAAUAUUAAAACAUUAAAGCACUAUUCAUUGGUAUAGACGUUGCACCUUUAAGCCUUGGUAGGUUUCAUUUGCUAAAUAUUAUGGGUCAAAAAGACCAUUAUGAGUUUAAUAUUCUUCAUCUCCAGCAAUACCAUGAAAGUCGAGUGGCAAAUUGUGUUGUACCACAUAUACACGGCAUAAGAGAUUUCCACAAGAGGUGCUACAUCGAUUUACGUAUCACAGUUCUCUGUUGCAUUCGUGAUUUUUACUUAUGUUAAAUAAACCGUUUCUUUCCCUUUUCGUGCAUAUUUACAUUUUCUAGAUAACGAUUAAAAAAGAGGAAAUUGUUAUUUGAUUCCUCUAGAUGCCCUUUGUUGCUGUGAAUUCUGUAGUCGAAAAACAAGUUAUGUCCGUGGUACUGGCUAGACAAACAAAUAUAAAGGAACGUUUAAUCAAUUGAACAAUUGAUUUUAUAUACAUGUGAAAAAAUGAUGUACACAAAGUAUAUGGAUCCAUUUCAGUUUUUCUUGCAUUAUUUUAAAUGUUUCUUCCCCCCUCCGCUUUUUCCUUGAAUGUAAACAACGUUUAGUUGUUUAUGUUUUAAACGAGUCACAAAUAAUUCUACAGUAGAAUUGAUUGCAUUCCGGUGUCGCAUCCGUGUAUUUCUAUAAUCUGUUUUUAAUUUGCUUCUAGAACAUCUCCACACCCCGUCUGCCCAACACUGACACUGUGCUUAUGUGUAUGUUUCUAAUGCUGCUAUCUCUAAAAGAUGUCACUUGGUAGUAGGCAACUACUCUAGCUGAGCAGACAAGAUUACACACUAAAUGACUUAAACUGAGCGCCGGGAGACGUUUUGGGAUCUGGUCUUUGUAUUUUGGAAUGUUGAACUUUUUAUUUUGGUAAUUCAAAGAUGAUUUAUUAAAUUUAAUAAAAAUAUGGUACCUUGAACUAACAAAAUAAAGAGUUUUCUGAUUA